AUGCAACAAUGCUGCCCCUCAGCCAGGACUCUUACUGCAGAGACCAGUUCCUGUGGAAGAGGGGAACUGAGGCUGAAGGAGGGCUCACCUCCCGGGAGAGGAUCCCCUAGGAUGAUUAUUUCCACGUGGGGCGUGUACAUCUUGAUCUGUAAAUCGAUUGGCCGUCGGUUCCCACCCAGCAAGGCUCCGGACAUUAAAGUCGUGGAGACAGAGAUGCUGUCCGUGCUAGAGCACUGGCUGAGGAAGAUUGAAGAAGAAGCUUCCAAAUUCUUUAAGCAGAAACUGGAAAACAAGGCAGAAACCAAAGCGACCCCUUCUGCUGGCCAAGGUUCAGGAAUGACAAAGUCACAGUCUGUUCAAGUCUCUAGCACGAAACUGCCAGUGUCAUCGUCGAGCCGCGGUCUUCUGGAGGAGAGGACAAAGAUCCAGUUCAUAAGAUGGAGUCAGACCCGGGUCUUUCGAGUAUCGAGUGACAUGAGGAACGAAGCCAUGCGGGAGAGGCUGGAACAAGUGCGAAACAGUGUGUCCCAGGUCAUGCUUCAAGCAAUGCAGAACAACAGGUCGAACACUGAGAUCCGAGCCACGCUUUCAAGCUAA